GAUGUGUGUCAGAGGGGCUUCCAGCAGGCUGAGACGUCAGCGGAGUAAUAACAGACCCUCCUCCCUGUCUGAACUCUUAGAGAUGUGAGCGUAGCACAGACACAGCGCACCGAAGCACUGACUGCACAGCAUGUAAGAAAUUAAGCAGAUUACAACCUCAAAGGACAGUUAAACAUCGCUGAUUCUUCUCCAAGACCACAGCCUGCUUCACAGUUGGACACGUCUUCCAGCGCCGGCUUAGGUUAAUAUGAACAGCUGGUGUUCGGAUCCUGGAACCACUGGGUUAAUUUGGUGCAAAAUUGGAACAUGCAGUGAGCUAUUGACCGUAGACUCUUAAGCUUAAUUUGUUGUUUGCUUUUUAACAAGAUUCGAGAGGGAAGGAACAUGGAGAAUGUCUCUGUGUUGAGCACUCCCAAUGCUUCCUAUGAUCCCUCCGGGCUUGGUAACUAUUAUGGAAAUUCUAAUCCUGAAACACAUUUUGUUAGCGGUGACUUGUCACCAAAUUUCUACAUCAUUCUCCCAGUGAUCUACUCGGUCAUUUGUGUGGUGGGAUUGACUGGAAACACAGCGGUCAUCUACGUCAUUCUCAAAGCCCCCAAGAUGAAAACGGUCACCAACCUCUUCAUCCUAAACCUGGCGAUUGCUGACGACCUGUUUACUCUUGUCCUUCCCAUCAACAUUGCUGAGAUUCUUCUUCAUUACUGGCCUUUUGGUGUUGCCCUUUGUAAGAUUAUCUUGUCCAUAGAUCUUUACAACAUCUUCUCCAGCAUUUUCUUUUUAACCGUCAUGAGCAUAGACCGCUAUCUGGUCGUAUUGGCCACCGUAAGGUCCAAGAGGAUGCCCUACCGUACCUAUCGAGGAGCCAAAAUUGUAAGCCUUCUUGUUUGGGUCUUGGUCAUUCUUAUUGUGUUGCCUUUCACCAUUUUUGCCGGAGUAUACAUGGACAAUAUGGAGUUUAAGAGCUGUGGGCUGAAUUUCCCCAAACCGGAAAAGCUCUGGUUCAAGGCGAGUCGUGUCUACACACUAAUGUUGGGAUUUGCCAUUCCAGUCUCCACCAUCUGUGUCUUAUACAUGCUCAUGUUGUACAAACUAAGGAAUAUGAGGUUAAAUUCCAAUGGCAAGGCCUUGGACAAGGCCAAAAAAAGGGUUACUAUCAUGGUCUUUGUUGUGGUAGCGGUUUGCCUUUUUUGUUGGACACCUUUUCACCUAGCUACCAUAGUGUCUCUGACCACAGAUUUGCAGGAGACAUCUGUAGUUAUUGGCAUCUCCUACUUUAUUACGAGUUUGAGCUAUGCCAACUCUUGUCUCAACCCAUUCCUCUACGCCUUCUUAGAUGACAGUUUCCGCAAGAGCUUUCGGAAGAUGCUGGAGUGUCGAACAACUUGAAGAUCAUGCGAUGAUCGGAUCUUUUAAACCAUGGCUAACAUUGUGUCUUUCCUAACCACUCAAACUGCUGAUACCUAGCAAAAAAAAAAAGUCCUUAAUAAUAAAAGAAAAUGGGAACGUUCUGGCUCUCCCUAGGACUUGGUCAACAAGAUGUGGCACCUAAGUUUAAUAUGGAAAAUGGAGAAUAACUGCCUACAGAUUACUGACCACUCCUCACUAAGACACACCGAAGGAGUUUUUACAGCCAGUGGCCUCAAGUAAUUGCCUUCAUCGCUUUAACCUUGACCAGGUCCCGUUUCACUGAAUGGAAGAUAUUAGGACUACUUAAUUUUUUGAAAGGCACAGACAUUUUUCAUAUUCCUUAGCUUUAUUUAUGUAAAAACAGGUCUACAAAUUAUGUUUUUUAGUGAUUGUAAGCCUUAGCCACCCAAUAAAGUCAUCUGUAUUUACAU